AUGAUAAUAUAUCAUCAUCAUCAUCAUCAUCAUAUAUUCAUCAUCUAUAAACGACGAUAUUUUUUGGCUAAUAUUAUUUGCUGCUUUGUAUUGUUAACUGCAAUACAUGAAAGUACUGCAAUUCAAGAAACAGUACCAGCUGUUCGAGUGGUACGAUUUCAGGUGGAUUAUCCGAAUGCAUCACUUGAAAGUAUUCAAAAGGUACCAAAAUGGAAUGCUAUUAUGCGUAAUAGUGUUCUUGCAUCAUUACGCUUCAUCAAUAAGCAUUGGCUAAUUUGUGGUGGUUCAAAAUCUGAAAAGUAA